AUGGCCGAGAAUGGAUCGAAGCAGAAGAACUCCAAUCAUGUCAAGAACCGACGCGAUGUGAACAAGGAAAUUCGGACGAAACUGGCCACCCUUAACAGAACCCUUCUAUCUAAUAGCAAAGAGAAGAUACGAAGAAUUAGUAGCGCAACCAAAAUUGGAAACCAGAAAUGGAAGUCACUAGAUACCACGCAGAAGGAAAAGAAAGCACCCAGGACGGCGGCAUCAACUGGCUCGCGACAACCUCGGAAGAAGGAAUCGAUCCAGAAAACCCAAGAAUCAGUCAGAGCGAGGAAGCCUGCAGCCAGCAAACCUAAACCAGAACCCGCUAAAGUUGAAGAUGAUAAAACGCAAAUAAUCAACGGAGAUGAUAGUCUCGAGAUGUCACUUACCUCAUCGACUAGGCAGGCAGAGGUGAAAAGCUCGCAAACAGCACGAAAGGAAAAUGAGACAAACGAUGCUAACUCAGUUGGAACCUACUGCUUAGUCAUGCUGUACCAUGCAUGCGACUCUACCAACUUCGUCAAGGUGGUGGAUAGAGCACCAAGCUAG